AUGACUACUACAACAACCAACAAACCUCCAAGAUUACCAAUCCCUCCUUUGAAAGAUACUCUGGAGAGAUUCAUAAAGAGUACAGAACCAUUACAAGAUGAUAAACAAAAUGCAAGAACUAAAAAAACAAUAUAUUCCCCAGAAAAUUUGGAAUUAUUGGAAUCCUUACAUGAAAAAUUAAUUAAUUAUGAUAAAGAAUUAGCCAUUGAACAGCCAGAAUCCUCAUAUAUCGAAAGAUUUUGGUAUGAUUCUUAUUUAGAGUACGAUGCAUCAGUGGUUUUGAACGUUAAUCCAUUCUUUCAAUUACAAGAUGAUCCUACCAUUGUAGAUACAUCUGCUACAGAUUCAGGUCCUUAUGGUUAUAGUACCGUUCAAGUGAAACGUGCCGCUAAAUUGACUACAUCAAUCUUAAAAUUUAUUAGAGAAUUACGUCAUGGUACAAUGAAACCAGAUGUCAUUAAAGGUAGACCAUUAUCAAUGGACCAAUACGGAAAAUUGUUUGGUUCUUCAAGAAUUCCACCUGGUCCAGGUGAACAAUCAUGUCAUUUACAAACAGAUACAACUUCACAUCAUGUUAUUGUUAUGUAUAAAUCUCAAUUCUAUUGGUUUGAUGUUUUAGAUACGAAUAAUAACCCUAUUUUUUCUACUCCAGAAGAAAUGGAAUGGAAUUUAUAUUCAAUUAUAAUGGAUGGUAAAGAAACUACUAAAAAAUCUUCUUCAUCUCAUCAUCGUCAAAAUCAAAAUAGUAACUUACCAUUUGGUGUUUUCACUACUGAGAGUAGACGUGUUUGGUCAAACAUAAGAGAUUACAUAUAUAGAAGUGAUGAUCCAAAUAAUUGGAAAAUCUUAAAAAUCAUCGAAAGCGCCUUAUUUGUCAUAUGUUUAGAUGAUGUCUCAUUCGGUGAUUCUCCAAAGGAGAAAAGAGAAUUGGCUAAAUCAUUAUUAUGUGGUACUUCUAAGAUUGAAUUGGAUUUCAAAAAGACAAAUGUUCCAUUGAACGUUCAACAUGGUACAUGUCUAAACAGAUGGUUCGAUAAAUUACAAUUGAUCAUAACAAGAAACGGUAAAGCUGGGAUCAAUUUCGAACAUACUGGGUUCGAUGGUCAUACUGUCCUUAGAUUAGCUAUUGACAUUUAUACAGAUUCAAUUUUAAGUUUUGCUCGUGGGGUCUCAAAGAAUGUCCCAGAUAUCUUUCAUAAUAAGAAGGCUCAUGUUAUUAAAAGUGAGGACCAAAGUUUGGAUGACGUUGUAUCGUCUUCAUCAUCUUUAAACUUGGCCAAUCUUAUUACCAUCCCAAGAAAAUUGGAGUGGAAAGCUGAUAAUUUCUUAUUAUCAUCAUUACAUUUUGCUGAGACUAGGAUCUCUGAUUUAAUUUCUCAAUAUGAAUUUGUUACAUUAGAUUUUGACAAAUUUGGAGGAAACCAUAUUAAAUCUCUGUUUAAGUGCUCACCUGAUGCAUUCACUCAACAAAUUUUCCAAAUUGCUUACUAUGCUCUAUAUGGGAAAUUUGAAACCACUUAUGAACCUGCAAUGACUAAAGGUUUUCAAAAUGGUAGAACUGAAGCCAUUAGAACAGUUACAAAAGAAUGUAAGAAAUUCGUGAAAUCCUUAUUUGAUAGAAAUGCCACCGAUGAUGAUCGUAAGACAUUUUUACAACAAGCUUGCAAAGAACAUUCUACUAUUACAAGAGAUUGUGCAAUGGGUCAAGGUCAAGACCGUCAUUUAUAUGCACUGUACUCUGUUUGGAACUUAUGGUAUAGGGACUCUAUGCCAAUGCCACCAAUAUUCAGCGAUAAGUCAUGGUCCAUCUUAAACACAAACGUUAUCAGUACAUCGAACUGUGGUAACCCUUGUUUGAAGAAUUUUGGUUUUGGUCCUGUCACUGCAAAUGGCUUUGGUAUUGGAUAUAUCAUUAGAGACAAUUCCAUCUCAAUUGUAGUAUCAUCUAGACAUAGACAAACUCAUAGAUUUGUAUCUUUGAUCGAGAGAUCAUUUUUAGAAGUUGAACAUAUCUUCAACAGAGAUUUGGAUGAUGUUAUGGAUGAGGCUACACGUGUUACUCCAAACCAAAGUAGUGAUUAUUUAGUAGGUAUGCACAGGGACGGAAUCAAUGGUAGAAAUGGCAUCACUCCUGCAGCGAAGUCGAAGGAUCUAAGAUUCUUACUUGGUGGGUAUGAUUACUUUGACGUUAGUGUAUCUGGUUAA